AUGUUAGAGAACAUUGCCGCACUCCAGGAAUCUAUGCAGGGUUUACUCAUAUACCAGACGGCAAAAAAUAAUAUAGAAAAAACAAUAUUAGAAUUAUGCAGAAUAUGUUCAGAAGAAGUCGCUAUUUCAUCAGAAAAAACCUUUUCAGUGUUUGGAAUUGACAUUAUGCAUAUUUUAAGCAUUAUAUACAAUCCGAGGGGCUGUAUUGUAAAUAUUUUUAACUUGGCAGUGUGCGCGGCCAUGCUGGCCUGCCUGUAUACACUGUUGAUUAGCAUUUUUACAGUUCCUCAGAUGUUAAUAAGUAUUACUUUAGAUUUUGAUGAAAAAGACCCCGAUUCUAACCCGGAAAAAAGUAUUUGGGACGCUCUAUAUAUGCUAUUUUCAUAUGCAUGCGAGCUAUUUAUUAUUGGGUUUCUAGUUUUAACUUCAUGCUACAUUACAGCAGAGGUUUACUACAGGCAGGGGCAAACUCUAAAAUCAAUCCUUCUUGCGCUACUGUUUAACAUAUCGGUUGUUAGCUUAAUGCGCACAAUCCACACCAGAGUGAUGCCUAUAUAUAUAAUGCACAACAUGCAUGCCCCAUACAAACGAUAUAAUUGCCCGUGGUUUUUUAUGGCGUACCUAUCGACUGCAUAUCUUGGAAUAGAAUUAAUAUACUUGGCGUUUUUUAAGAAAGAUCCACUGAGUUUGCUUGAAUUUUUAAUUGAAUUUAAGAUAAUAUUAGUUUUAAGCUAUAUAAUUUUUAUAUUGGAUUUAAAAGAAAAACUCAAAAAAAGUCAAUAA